GUAUCAAGUUUGUCGAAGAGCGUAUUUAAACAACAAUAGCGCGGUGAGUGCCGGCCAGAAUUGAUCUCUCUCUCUCCGCAACGACUUGGAAGUUUUAGUUUGCAUGCCGUACGUUCGUCGUCGUCUAGAACUUGGAGAAGUUUAAUUUAGUUUUGUCGUUUGUCCGAGAUAGCCCCCCCAGACCGGCCUGUGUGCAAGAGGUAUCCACCGCAGGAACGCCAGGAACGAGAGAGCUUAUAUUGCUGCUGUGCUAGGUUGGUGCGUCUAAGUUGGGACAAGGAGCUGGACUUAAUCAUUUAAUCCUUUCCGAGGGUACCUAAAACACAUAAUGGGAAUUGUGGCAAGUAAUUUUUGGGACACUGGUAGGACUGAUGACGCAGACCCAGUUACUGGUUUGACAUCUAGGGAUGUAUAUUUGAUUACCAAGACAUGGAAAACGUUAAGCGAUGGAGAUGCAACUGUCAAAACUGGAAUGGAGAUGUUUUUAAAAUUGUUCGAGAAAAAUCCACAAUACCAACAAUUAUUCCCAUUCCGAGACACUCCAAAAGAAGAAUUGACAAGCAACAAUAGGUUCAGAGCCCAUUGCAUUAGCGUGAUAUAUGCAUUUACAUCGAUUAUUGCAAAUAUCACCAACGUUUUAUUGUUAAAUGAGUUGUUAAAGAAGCAGGGAGCAGCUCACGUACCUAGAGGAGUUCCUGUACACGCAUACUCAGAAUUGAAAGAUGUUCUAAUGGAAUUAUUUUCGAAACAGAUGAACAAAGAAGAGCUGACAUCUUGGGAUAAAUUUUUAAAAUUUGGAUUUACUACUAUAGCCGAAGAAGCUAAAUCAACUGACACAAGCAAAGGUUGACAAUACGUUCAGAAAACUAACAAAAUAUUAUAAUCUAUUUGAUAUUAGAAAAUAGGGGCUGAUAGAAAAAGAAAAUUUCCUUAAAAUAUUUUUAUAUUAUAUUUGAAAUCAUCAAACGAUGUUAUAAGUACAUUGACUGGCGUUAGCUAUUACUAAAUUUUAAAGAUAAUAAUUGUAGAAAAAUAAGUUCUUAAAAUAAAUUAGUACAACUAAUAAAAUCUACAACUAGUUUAAAAAAACUCACAGCAUCAAUGAUUUUUCUUAAAGUAAUUCAAUCUUAAAUUAAUAAAAUUUUUGGUCAGGGUAGGAUGAUAUUUACACUAGCGAUUCUACGGUUUAUUAUGUACAAAAAUAAAUACUAUUCCUAUAAUAAAUUAUGAAAAACAAAAUUAUAUACUUAUAUAAAAGAAAGACGUAACAAAAUUAUGCCGAGAAACUUUUAAAACAAUACUUUUUCUGUGUUAAAAAUAAAUAAAUUAGAUUUUCUUCAUGUGCGUCAAAUAAAGAAUAAAUGUAUAUGGGAUAUUAUGAUUUUGAAAACUUUCUUGUGUAUAUUACUUGUAAAACAAUAUAAAAACUAUUUAUAA